CACAAGUCGCCUACGAAAGUUCCCACUACCGCCAGUCCAGCGCACUUCUUUGUGGGACAUCUGACGCGGGAACAGCAUACCCAUCAGUCCUCGGUUGUUCGUUUCUUCAUUAGAUGCCCCAUGUCCUUCUUAGCCGAGCUCAGUAAGCGCCAAGGCAAGCCACAGGGCAGCGUCAAGCCGUUUGGGUUUGCAAGGGCGUUGCACCUCGACGGUGCCGCCGACGCUACUACGUCCAUGUUGCCGCCAUUUAUGGAGAAGAAGACGCCGUCCCAGACAUUCGCGUCGCCAUUUGCCAAGUCGGCGAUUGAAAUCCUCCAAGAACUUGAACGAAAGGCCGACGAGGAGCAACAACAGAAACAGCAACCGCAGCCUGAAGACGACACCAAUUUCGUCAGGACAAAACCUCAAAGUACCUCGGCAGCAGCCCCUUCACUCAUGGAGCGCAUGAGUCGACGGACUCUGAAUACUACUGUCCUCGACUCGUCUUCUCCAGACGACACGAGCAACCAGAGCGACAACGACAUCACCACCACGCCAGUCGUCGUCCACGCGACCCCUCAUCCUCCAUCCACCACCACCCGACCAUCGAAACCGGCCAGUAUGUUGGAGGAACUGAUGCUCGCUCGAAAGAAAGCCGCGCAGCCGGCAUCACCAUCACAUGUAGCUACAGCUCCCAAACCCACCAAGCAUGCCAUGCUGGAGCAACUCAUGCAGAAACGAACGACGCCCACGAGCCACAAACCACCUACCACCACUACGAAUGCUGGAUCAAAACAUAGCACCAUGCUGGAGCCACGCUUGCAACCGCCCAGCGCAUCCGCCAGUCCCCAUCAAACACACCAGCAGCAACAACCUUCGCCCACAUCGUCUACGGCGUCCACCGAGUCUUCAUACUCGAGCCCAUCAUCUUCUUCUACAUCCGCUGCCAAUAACAACACGGACGACCUCGACCAUACUAGUAGUACUAGUACUAGCGUACCUCUAAAAGACCACCCCAAGUACGCCACGUACUUUGUCAUGCUCAAGCGAGGGCUGCCCAAGCCUGCCGUGCAGCAUCGCAUGCUCAAGGAUCAAGUGGACCCAUCGAUCCUCGACUUGGACCCGGAGCUGCCGCUGGUUGAACACACCCUGGCCACGGACCCAGCGUAUGAAAAGUACUUCAAAAUGCUCAAGACGGGCCUCCCCCGCCCCGUCGUGGAGCAUAAACUGACGGCGGAUGGCGUGUCCAUCCACCUCCUGUCGCUCGACCCGACUAUGCCCACUGUGCCCAAGACCCAGCUAGACGCCGCCUUUGCCAAACACAAGGACAACGUCGUGCUAAAGUACCGCAAGAUGCUCAAGAUGGGCAUGCCGCCCCUAGCCGUGGACCACGCGAUGGCCAAAGAUGGCGUCGACCCGAGCUGGCUCCACCCGAACGCUGCUGCGACGACCAAUUCGACCAAGGCCACGUUUCUCACAAGGCAAAAAAAGUCUGACAAAAUACGCAAAAAACUGCACUGGGUCGUACUUAACAAGGAUGCCAUGCACGACUCGACGCUGUGGAAGCAGCCCAGUCAAGCGACGCUGUCUGAAGCCAGCGUGGUGGCGUUGGAGCGGCUGUUUACCAAAUCCGUGCAUGACCAAGCUACGAAAGCGAUGCAAAGCGACCUCUUGACGGCGGCCAAGUCGUCGCGGGACUUGCAAGUGAAAAGCAUUUCGCUCAUGGACAUGAAGAAGGCGCAGAACAUUGGGAUUACGUUGGCACGUAUCAAAGUGCCGUUCGAAAAAAUCAAAGACGAGAUCCUCAACAUGAACCCGACCGUGAUGUCGUCCAUGCACCUGAAAGCCCUGAUCGAUCUAUGGCCUGACACUCAAGAAAUGAAAGCGAUCCGGGAUUUCCCAGGCGAACCUCAGACCUUAGGGCUGGCGGAACGGUUUUGCUACGUGAUGCGAGACACGCCCCGGUUCACUGAAAAGCUGCAGUGCUUGAUCUUCAAGCAAGAGUUUCUGUCCCGAAGCCACGAACUUCGAGAGACGAUUCUAUUGGUCGUGCGAUGCGUGCACCAAAUUUGCACCAGCGACGACCUCCGGGACAUUCUGCUGCUCGUGUUAAACAUGGGCAACGUGCUCAACUUUGGCAAGGACGCGCCCCACGCCGCGGCCAAGGGCUUUUCGCUCAGUUCAUUGGUCAAGUUGUCUCAAACCAAAGCGUUUGUGGGCCAGACAACGCUGCUGCAGUUUUUGGUCGAAGUCGUCGACCGAGACGCUCCGCAUCUAGCCCAGUUUGACGAGGAAGUGGGGCUGCUGGAGCGAGCGUCGCGGGUGGUCACGCAGCAAUUGUAUAGCGAAAAAAAGGCGCUUGAGGCUGGCCGGGCCCACUUGGAAGCCGAAGCGCAGCGCAUUCUGGGUGAAGACCACGAAACCAACUUGACGGCGGCCGCGAUUCGGUUUUUCAUUACAAAAGUGGACUUGGAAUUGAAAGACUUGACGGAGCAACUGGACGCGUUGAAUCAAAAGAAAUCGUCGUUUUUGCACUACAUUGGCGAAGAAGGCAACUACGAAGUGGACGAGCUAUUUAGCGUGCUAUGGGCGUUCACAGAAGAGUUCCGUGCGGCGCAUCGCAAGUUUGUCGUGAAAAAAGCGCGCGCGGCCAAGAAGAAGGCGCCACCGCCGCCCGUGGCCGACGUCGCGUAGAGUGGCAUUAGAUAAUGAUCCUUAUUUAACCGUCUUCAUACAUACCGGUGUCCG